AUGUCGACAUUAUCAAAUAAUAAUAUCUAUGGAUAUGUAGCUGAAAACUGGACUAGUAUACGAGAUGCAUUUGAACAAAAUUUUAUUGAUGGAUUAGAUAUUGGCGCAAGUUUAAGUAUUUAUCAUCGAGGAAAAUGUGUUGUAGAUCUCUAUGGUGGUUGGAAAGAUCUCGAAAGAAAAAAGCAACCUUAUACAUCAGAUACAUUACAAAUUAUUUUUUCAACGUCAAAAGGAAUAUUAAGUGCAGCUAUAGCUUUAUGUGUUGAUAGGGGUUGGCUUAAUUAUGAUGAACCUAUUAGAAAAUAUUGGCCAGAAUUUGGUACUCAUGGAAAAGAGGAUAUUAUAAUAAGUGAUUUGUUAGCACAUCGAGCAGGUUUACCGUAUGUUAGUCAAUCACUUUCAGUUGACGAUGUUUGUAAUUGGACUAAAAUGAUCUCUUUAUUAAUUAAUGAAAAACCUCAUUGGAAACCUGGAUCAACACAUGGAUAUCAUGGUCAUACAAUUGGAUAUAUUGCUGGUGAAUUAAUUCAUCGUGUUGAUCCUCAACAUCGUUCAUAUAGUCAAUUUGUUCGUGAUGAAUUAGAUCAAGAAUAUUAUGUUGGUAUACCUGAUAAUGACAUUGAUAAAUAUGUUGCUCCUCUUUUUGAAAAACAGAUUGAAGAAGAAAUGCCAGAUCUAAUAGCUGAUCAAACUUUAUCAUGUAGUGGUGCUCUACCUUUAGGUCAAUCUGAAAUGAUCUAUAAUAAACCUGAAAUACAUCGUGCCAUACUACCAGCUGUAAAUGGAAUUGCAAAUGCUCGAACAUUAGCUCGAAUAUACAGUUUACUUAUUGGUGAUGUCUAUGAAAAUGAAAAGAUAUUAAAAUGUCUUUUAAGUCAAAAGACUUUAUCAGAAGCAAUAAAAAAUAUUACACCUCAAAAUGAAUUAGAUCAAACAUUGUAUCAAAUACCAACAACAUUUAGUAAAGGAGGUUUUCAAAUCUAUGGUGAUAGUUUUCCUGUAUUUGGUGAUGGUGCAUUUGGUCAUACUGGUUAUGGUGGUAGUUGUGCUUUUGCUUAUCCUUCACAACAAUUGACUUAUGCAUAUAUUUGCAAUCAACUCGAUCCUCUUUCAUUUACGAUUGAUAUUCGAACUAAACAUAUUAUUCAAGCGAUUGAAAAUAUAUUCAAACAUCAAGCAAUUUAA